GUUCCACCCCUUUUUAAUGCGUUUUACAGCCAUUCUCACCAGAAACACCAAUAACUACUCACAAAUCAAGACGAAUCAUGAAUCUAAAACACUCAAACAUCAUAAUCUGCCUCGCUUGUUAAAUGCAGCAGUAUAUGGCCCCUCCAGCUUCUUUUAACACGUUUCUGUUGCAGUUAUUGAUCAUCUGCAGGCUACAGUGAUACAGUGAAGUUUAGCAGUGAAAUGUCCAGCACUGCCAUGAAGAAGAAGGUGUUGUUGAUGGGAAAGAGUGGAUCAGGAAAGACCAGUAUGAGGUCCAUCAUCUUCGCCAACUACAUCGCCAGAGACACUCGGCGCCUCGGCGCCACAAUUGAUGUGGAACACUCUCAUGUGCGAUUCCUGGGUAAUCUGGUGCUGAAUCUGUGGGACUGCGGCGGUCAGGACACUUUCAUGGAAAACUACUUCACGAGUCAGAGAGACAACAUCUUCCGCAAUGUGGAAGUGUUGAUUUACGUGUUUGACGUGGAGAGUCGAGAGCUGGAGAAGGACAUGCAUUACUACCAGUCGUGUCUGGAAGCAAUUCUGCAGAACUCACCCGAUGCCAAGAUAUUCUGCCUGGUGCACAAGAUGGAUUUGGUACAGGAGGAUCAGAGAGACCUGAUAUUUAAAGAGCGCGAGGAGGAUUUGAAGAGAUUGUCUCGGCCCCUUGCCUGUACCUGCUUCAGAACAUCUAUUUGGGAUGAAACGCUGUAUAAAGCUUGGUCCAGUAUCGUGUAUCAGCUCAUUCCUAAUGUACAGCAGCUCGAGUGUAACCUGCGCAACUUUGCUCAGAUUAUUGAAGCUGAUGAAGUAUUACUGUUUGAAAGAGCCACUUUCCUGGUGAUUUCUCAUUAUCAGUGUAAGGAACAGCGAGAUGCUCAUCGCUUUGAGAAAAUCAGUAACAUCAUCAAGCAGUUCAAGCUCAGCUGCAGUAAGUUGGCUGCCUCAUUCCAGAGCAUGGAAGUACGCAACUCGAAUUUUGCAGCUUUUAUCGACGUAUUCACGUCCAACACAUACGUCAUGGUUAUCAUGUCCGACCCGUCUAUACCAUCUGCUGCCACCCUCAUCAACAUUCGGAACGCCAGGAGACAUUUUGAAAAGCUGGAGCGAGUAGACGGACCCAAACACAGUUUGCACAUGCGCAUGCGCUAGACAUACACAUGCAGCAGAGAAUGAUUAUAAUAAGGGUGAACUGCUGCAAAUGAUUCCAAGGAAUUUCUCCAGUUUUGCCAACUUCACUGCAUCCAGUGUUUUUUCCAUCUGAUGUAAAAAUGGGUUUAACUCGUUUUAUUUUUAUUUUUUGCUUCCUGCUGUUGCAAUGGGGCAAUAGUUCAUAUUGAUACACUCUGAUAAGGGAAAGGGAUUAGAUAUUAUAAUGGCUCCUUAAAAUUUGAGUUGUGUCAUACAGUAACUUGAGUUACUCAUACACAAAAACUAAAUCAUAAAGUCAACAUUGUAUUUUUCUGUCUCCAUUAUAUGUUGUUUCAUAUUGUUUAAGCAUUAUCAAAGCUUUUUGUACUUUUUGAACAAAUGUUGAAAAGGUUGAGCAGAAAUCUGUGACUGUAAAAUUGGUCUGUUUGAAUUACAUGGAUUACAAAUAUUCAGCAAAAAUAAAUACACAUGCAAUGACUGUC